UUACAAAUGCUCCUCUGUUCCGUCAUCUCUCUGAAUAAGUCAGAACAAAGGAAUAGACUUUCUGUCUUUUCGAGAAGAAGCAUCAUCUAUGGCGGAUUCUAACGUUGAUGAUCUAGCUGAAUCGCUACAGAGUCUGUACACGAAUGUAUCAUCCAUGAUUAAAUCCGAGCUCCAGGGAACGAACAAUCAGAUGGAUCUGUUGGAGAAGAUGAACGUGAGAGUUGCGGCUGAGUAUGAUGAUCUGGGUGACGUGGCGGCUGGGCUCAGAGUUUAUGCAGAGCAGAUGACGUCGAAAAGUGGAGGCUUUGAUGAGAUAGUGGCACAGAUGGAUGUGAUAGAGAAACAAGUGUCGGAGUUUGAAGCUGUUGUCUCUGUUUUAGAUCGAUAUGUCUCUGUCCUCGAAUCCAAAAUUCGAGCUAAAAAAUCUGUUACAAGUUGAUUGGUCAUUGUAACAAUUAUGUACCCACUUUUAUUCCAAUAUUGAAGACUAUAACCUGGACAAGCAAAUUUGUUUUAGCCUGA